AUGGAGGUUCCCGCUGCAGAGCCUGGGCCUGUCCUGCCGACCUCUCCUUUCCUGAUCGUAGGUGUCAAAGGGGUGCAAGUGGAGGAGAUCUAUGACCUUCAGAGUAAAUGCCAGGGGCCUGUAUAUGGAUUCAUCUUCCUGUUCAAAUGGAUCGAGGAACGCAGGUCCCGCCGCAAGGUUUCUACGUUGGUGGAUGAUACGUCCGUGAUUGAUGACGAUAUUGUGAAUAACAUGUUCUUUGCCCACCAGCUGAUUCCCAACUCCUGUGCCACUCAUGCCUUGCUGAGCGUGCUUCUGAACUGCAGCAAUGUGGAUCUGGGGCCUACCCUGAGUCGAAUGAAGGAUUUCACCAAAGGCUUCAGCCCUGAGAGCAAAGGAUAUGCAAUUGGCAAUGCCCCUGAGCUGGCCAAGGCACAUAAUAGUCAUGCCAGGCCAGAGCCACGUCACCUUCCUGAGAAGCAGAAUGGCCUCAGUGCAGUGCGGACCAUGGAGGCGUUCCACUUUGUCAGCUAUGUGCCUAUCACAGGGCGGCUCUUUGAAUUGGAUGGGUUGAAAGUCUACCCUAUUGAUCAUGGGCCCUGGGGAGAGGAUGAGGAGUGGACAGAUAAAGCCCGAAGGGUCAUCAUGGAGCGAAUCGGCCUUGCCACUGCAGGGGAGCCCUACCAUGACAUUCGAUUCAACCUGAUGGCAGUGGUGCCUGACCGCAGGAUCAAGUAUGAGGCCAGGCUCCAUGUAUUGAAGGUGAACAGACAAACAGUUCUGGAGGCCCUGCAGCAGCUGAUUAGAGUAACACAGCCGGAGCUGAUUCAGACCCACAAAUCUCAAGAGUCACAACUGCCUGAGGAGAACAAGCCAGCCAGCAGCAAGUCCCCCAUUGGGCUGGAGGCAGGCAGGGCCCCAGCGGCCUCUGAGUGCACUCACACAGAUGGUGCAGAGGAGGUGGCUGGUUCAUGCCCACAAGCUCCGACCCACAGUCCUCCCAGCAAAUCUAAGCUGGUGGUGAAGCCUCCAGGGAGCAGCCUCAAUGGGGUUCCCCCAAACCCUACCCCUAUUGUGCAGCGGCUGCCAGCCUUUCUAGACAAUCACAAUUAUGCCAAAUCCCCUAUGCAGGAGGAGGAAGACCUGGCAGCAGGUGUGGGCCGCAGCCGAGUUCCAGUCCGACCACCCCAACAGUACUCUGAUGAUGAAGAUGACUAUGAAGAUGAUGAAGAUGAUGUGCAGAACACCAGUUCUGCCAUCAGAUACAAGCGGAAGGGGACAGGGAAGCCAGGAUCGUUGAGCAAUUCUUCAGAUGGGCAGCUGUCAGUGCUGCAGCCCAACACCAUCAAUGUCUUAACUGAGAAGCUUCAAGAGUCUCAGAAAGACCUUUCAAUUCCUCUGUCCAUCAAGACUAGCAGUGGGGCUGGGAGUCCAGCUGUGGCUGUACCCACACACUCGCAGCCUUCACCCACCCCUAGCAAUGAGAGUACGGACACAGCCUCUGAGAUUGGCAGUGCUUUCAACUCACCCUUGCGCUCACCCAUCCGCUCAGCCAACCCAACACGGCCCUCUAGCCCAGUCACCUCUCACAUCUCCAAGGUGCUUUUUGGAGAAGAUGACAGCCUACUGCGUGUUGACUGCAUACGCUACAACCGUGCUGUCCGUGACCUGGGUCCUGUCAUUAGCACAGGCCUGCUGCACCUUGCUGAAGAUGGUGUACUGAGUCCCCUGGCGCUGGCAGAGGGUGUGAAGGGCUCCUCACCUUCUACCAGAUCAAGCCAAAGCAGCCAGGGGUCCAGCAGCCUGGAGGAGAAGGAGGUGGUGGAAGCCACAGAUAGCAGAGAGAAGUCUGGGCUGAACAGGCACAGUGAGCCCUUGAGUGGAGAGAAGUACGCACCCAAGGAGCUGCUGGCACUGCUAAAGUGUGUGGAAGCUGAGAUUGCAAACUAUGAGGCCUGUCUCAAGGAGGAGGUGGAGAAAAGGAAGAAGUUCAAGAUUGAUGACCAGCGAAGGACCCACAACUAUGACGAGUUUAUCUGUACCUUUAUUUCCAUGCUGGCUCAGGAAGGAAUGCUGGCUAACCUAGUGGAACAGAACAUCUCAGUGCGGCGCCGCCAAGGGGUCAGCAUUGGUCGGCUUCACAAGCAGCGGAAGCCUGACCGGCGGAAACGCUCUCGCCCCUACAAGGCCAAACGCCAGUGAGGACCUCUGGCCCUGACUCUGCAGCCUCUCUUGCCGCAAGGCCCUCACCUCGGCCCCUCCCCCCAGUCACACUUUUCUAAGUAUUAUUGAGUAGUUCAGCUAGAGCCCAGGCCCUAGGAGUGGAAAUGAGCUGUGUGUCUUGCAUUAUGCUCUGGGGCCUGGCAGGGGCAAGCUAGCCCCAUAAUGCUCAGGAAGCAGCAGCUGGAACUG